CGCUCAUUUGCUCAUUGCAUUUCAAUGUGUUAUCGUUGGCCAUUAAAAAAUAACACGAAAACGUUGGUCCCAAAUCGCGAGAAGAAUUCCACCUCCCUAGCAUUCGAGUACAUAUAAGAUUCUCAAGCCUGCAAAAGCUGGGCAUCAUCAUUUCAAAAACGUGCUAACGGUUCACUUGGUCGGUCGAAUCGGAACGAAUCGGGCGAAAGUCUCCAACACAAAUUCCGAAAUUUAACGCUUCGUGGUAUCCAAAUCGAAGGAGGCGGCGCAUUAGGCCCACUUAUUAGCCAAUUUCACGCCCAGAGAACAAGAGAUCCCCGUGAUUGAGUACCCUACCUAGUGUUUAUCAAAGCAAAGUCAAACUAAAAGCCAAACAGUGCCAAAUACAAACAAAGAUUCGUCGGCGGCGAAGUAAACAAAAUAUCGCAAAACGUGCGCGCCAACAAAAAAGCGAAAUAAUCGAAAUAAGGGAAAAAUUCGCCAUAAAUUUUCCCGACAUCCCGAUACCCCCUUUCCCCCCGCCGCCGCCUCCACCGCCUUGUAGAACAAAAGAAAGCGUUUUGCAAUAAACAAAACCAGAAAGGCAACAUGGAAGUGCAGAAGCUGCCGGACCAGUCGCUGAUAUCCAGCAUGAUGUUGGACUCCCGAUGUGGGCUGAACGACUUGUAUCCGAUCGCCCGGCUGACACAGAAAAUGGAGGACGCAUUGACCGUCUCUGGGAAGCCAGCCGCAUGCCCCGUCGACCAGGACUGCCCCUACACCAUCGAACUGAUCCAGCCGGAGGAUGGGGAGGCGGUGAUAGCCAUGCUCAAGACCUUUUUCUUCAAGGAUGAACCGCUGAACACCUUCCUCGACCUUGGCGAGUGCAAGGAGCUGGAGAAGUACUCCCUGAAACCGCUACCCGACAACUGCUCCUACAAGGCGGUCAACAAGAAGGGCGAGAUUAUCGGUGUGUUCCUAAAUGGACUUAUGAGGCGUCCGUCCCCCGAUGAUGUGCCCGAAAAGGCGGCCGACUCCUGUGAACAUCCCAAAUUCAAGAAGAUCCUCUCGCUGAUGGACCACGUGGAGGAGCAGUUCAACAUCUUCGACGUGUAUCCCGACGAGGAGCUCAUCCUGGACGGCAAGAUCCUGUCGGUGGACACCAACUACCGGGGCCUGGGCAUCGCAGGCCGCCUGACGGAGAGGGCGUACGAGUACAUGCGGGAGAACGGCAUCAAUGUGUACCACGUGCUCUGCUCCAGCCACUACUCCGCCCGGGUGAUGGAGAAGCUGGGCUUCCACGAGGUGUUCCGCAUGCAGUUCGCCGACUACAAGCCUCAGGGAGAGGUGGUCUUCAAGCCGGCGGCCCCGCACGUGGGCAUACAGGUGAUGGCCAAGGAAGUGGGUCCCGCGAAGGCGGCGCAGACCAAGCUGUAGACGAUCUGAGUUCGGAUUUUGUACUAUCGUAUGUGAUUCUUUAGUUUGUAGUUCGGUGGCGGGUUCCCAGUAGUGUAUCAACGUUCGAUUCAGCGUAGUGUAAACAAACAGUACAAGUUACGUAUUUAUCUAAUUUAAUCUUCCCGUCGCGACGGUAAACUUAAGUGUUUUGUGUUUAGAACGAGCUCAAAAUAAAACCUUGUCUUAAUAACAU